AUGGCUGCACCUAAUGGAGGAUACUUCAUUCAGGAUAAGCUGUACAAGACAGCCCCUCACCAUGAGAGCUACAAGCAGCUUUGGGAGACCAAGUGGAAGAAGCCUAUGGGUGUCUACCCUUUUAUGUUUUCUGCAGUCAAAGACUUCGAACCCAUAGUCGAGAAGCUUGUCGCCGAGCCAUACGACUGGGACGACUAUGCUCAAGUCUACUUCCCCAAAGCCGAGGAGCUGGUUUCUGAGGCACAAAAGGCCGAGCAAGAGGGAAACAAGGAGAAGGCUUCUGAACUCUACCUGCGGGCAAGUGCUGUCUACCGCAUCUCAAGGUUUCCUGCUCCUCGCUCAGAGAAGCAACGGUAUGCCUGGCAGGAAGGCAAGAAGGCUUGCAUCAAGGGGCUAGGGUGUAUUGAAGUACCGCACACCCAUGGCAUCAGAGGAGAAGGAAAGAACAUUCCCAUCUACCACUUGCUCCCAUCAGAUGCCAGCGAAUCAAACCCUGCCCCCGUCGUUCUGAUCAUGACCGGUCUAGACGGCUACCGCACAGAGCUCUCCGUCUGGAUGGAGGGAUGGCGUCAAAACGGCGUCGGCACCAUCGUCGUCGAAAUCCCAGGCACCGGCGACUCUCCAGCUCUAGCCUCUGACCCAACAUCUCCCGAUCGCCAAUGGAGCAACAAGGUCUGCGUCUGGGCCUUUUCGACAGGAGGUUAUUACGCCAUUCGCCUUGCCCACACGCAUCCCACUCGUCUUGCUGGUGUGGUUGCCCUAGGCGGUGGUGUCCACCACAUGUUUGACGAAGAAUGGCUCAACAAUCUCUUUGGCACCAAGGCCAAUCCGGUGGAUCAGAUGAAGACUAUUCCCUUCAAGCCAAAGUACUAG